CUCCCACCACCCACCACCACCAGGUCCUCUAGCAAGCAAGUCAAACCAUUACCCACAAGUACCACCCAGCAAUCUUGUCAAAACACCCGUCCCGCCAUAACCACCACACAGUAGCAACCAUCCAUGUCUGAGAGGAGAUCUGCCAGAGCCAACAAGGGCAAGCACUCCAAGCGAGAUUUGGACCUGUACCUCUACGACGAGAAGACAAUAGACCCCCAGGACCUAAAGCGAGUCAAAGUGGACGACGAUGCGGAUUACCUCCAACAAAACCAGGACGAGGAGGUGGUCCGGUGUCUUCCCUGUGGAACCACCCAAGAGAACUACAACGAAGAAACAGACACAGGAGGAACAUUCAUACAAUGUGACGACUGUAACACCUGGCAGCACGCCAAAUGCAUGGGAUACAACUCCAAUAAGUCUAUACCCGAUAACUAUCAAUGUAAUGUGUGUAACCCGGACCUAUACAAGAAGAGUUCUUCUUCCCAGGCCACAGCUAGCGCGAAGGGCAAAGGAGGUGGCAUCGCCACCAGCUCUAGUGGCGCAGAUCAGAAUAAACAGGAAGUUCUCCAUGGACUUGCCAGUAUCACUGCAUCCCUCAAAUCAGACCAUCGGUUGAGCACUGCUAAGGCAUUUUUCAGCUACUUCAAAAAGAGCUUCCAAAACGACAAGACCGACCAGCAAAACGAGGAUCUUGCCGCUAAGUGGGCUCUUGAGAUUGAGGAAAUUAUUUUCAAGACAUAUCCCGAUAAGAAGUACACCGAAGGAGGAAGAAGAAUAUUGUUCAUCCUCAAAAAGCAUUUUAUGAAGGAAUUGUUGGAGGGCACUUUGACGUUUGAAGAUUUGGUCAAAAAGACUCCUAAGGAAAUCAACCGAGACAUUGAGAAAGUCGAAGAAAAAGUACGGGGAAACAUCAAGAACAUUAUCUUGACCGCCAACGAGCCCUCAGAUAUAGUGAGGAGAACGCACAAGGGUGACAUUAUCAGAGAGAACGAGAACGACCACCUUGAUGACAUAGAUCUGAAUAUCACAACUAAAACCGUGGACCACAGAAUAUUCGAAAAGGAAAAAGAAAUCAGCGAAGAAGAACAGAGAGCCAUUGAGAAUAGAAAAAACAGCUACCUCAACAUGAACCCCCGUAUAGAGGAUGAUGAUGAUGAUGACGACGAGGUCCAGGAUGUGGUGUCAGCUGAAACCGAAAACAGUGAAAAGGUUGAUGCCAAGUCCUCUGAAUCGCUGGAUCUUGAGCAUGUUCAUGAAAAUGUUUCUGAAGACGAUUUAUAUCCAAUCUUGACAGGUAAUGCAAAGGCGAAAGCCCCCGAUAGUCGUAAUAACCUCAAAGUAUGGACCGGAAGAAUCACUUUCCCCGAUUUUGCGUCAUUUGAAGGGUACGGCGAAUUUUACUCUAGUCCCGACUACGACGAAUUUGCCUCUAGAGACGAAUUGAAACUUCACACAUCGAUAUGUUCCGAUAUUUUAACUCAGGAUUCCUACUUUGUUGAGGGAAGGUUGGACCGUCAAAAGGCUGAUGCCUAUUUGAACAAAAUCACCAGCAGUAGAAAUCUAUAUCUCGUUGAACUUAAGCCAUCGAAACACGACGAUGAGCAGUUCCAAAAGCUCUACAAGUAUCUACUCAUAAAGAAUAAGGUGGGUGUAUUGUCAGACAAACCAUGGUUCGUUAAGGACGCCUACCUUAUUCCGGUAGAUUUUAGAGAUGAGCACUUGCCCUAUUAUCUCCUGAGCCAAAGGGCCGAUUUAAGGAUCGGACUUUUUGCGUUGUAUUCAGUGAAGAAAGAAUACCGUCCAGCGGGAUCCAAUACUCCAGCCCCAACCGAGUAUCCAAUGGACUUUUUGAAGAACCUGAGCUUGGCUGGUGGCAACGAAUUGAGCCAGAUCAUGUCCCAGCUUCAAUAGGGCAUUCCAUUCAUUGCAUUGUAUAUUAAGUAAAUAUUCCUGUAUCAUUAUCUAUGAUUUGUAUGACAGUCUGUGAAUUUGAAAUUAUCAGCAACAUCCGAGAAUGAAUAAUAUUGUUGCACCACAUUCAUGCCACCUAGAUAAUGGGGUACCAAAUGCUCUCUCAGAGAGCUGCUUGCUUUUCUUCGAGAUAAUGAUUAUCUGCUCCCGCAGCAUUUUGCCGGAUACUCUAGGUCAGCGUGAGCAGAAAUAUAUAUAACUAGCUAAAUAAUACAGACC